GGAAACUCGACACAACAAGGGCUUGCAGUAUACUUUCACUGCAUUCAUCGUUCAUAGCAGAGCGGAGUCGGGAUGUGUUCGUGGAGGAGGAAGGAGUGCAGAAGGUGGCCGAGAUGCUCUUCAACCUGCGCCACACUGACAAUCUGACUGCCAGUGGCUGGAAGAAGGCCAAUCCAUUGGCUCCAGUACCCACCUCUGACCAGGCCUUGAACUGGGUGUUUGUGAUAGACACCAUGAACUUCUCCUUUUGGCCCGAGGAACAAACUCAACAAUGUGAGGUAACCUAUAAAGGGACCACGUACACGGGCUACAUGACCCUUUGUGCUGCCAUCGCCAGGGCUAUGGAGGAAGGUAUACCCAUCACUGAUCCAAAGUACUUUUCCCAGAUGAGUAUGGAGGAGUUGGGACAGGUCCUUCGAUCAGACAAUGAAACACCCAUGCCCAUGCUUCAGGAACGCCACCAGGUUCUUGCCUUAUCAUACUUGUCCAAUAUCAAGGUUACUAUGAUGUAA